GGGUGGUCCUCGGGCCAGGGAACAGCUGGUUCCCCGGAACUCUGUAAUAUCAGGCCGGCUGCUGUUUGAAACAAUGAGCCCGGGUCACCCUCUGCUACGCCGGUCUCUGAUCGCACCAGUGUAGUUUGUCAUUUAACUCGAUCCGCAGCCCUUGUGCUGAUGCUGCCCUGCAGCUUAUAAGAAGGGUAAAGUCACUUGCUGGAGUUGAUGGCUGCCAGCUGUUUGCCAGCAAACAGGGCUAGUGACUUGAGGGAGACUGAAAGCAAUCCAGCUCUAAGUGGUGAGACAAGAUACAAUAAAGCAAAAGUUCUUCAAGGGCAGGGAGUGGAUGAACCACUGUCCGAGUUUGGCUUCAAGCAGGCUAAGGCUGCAGGCCAGGCUCUCAGCAAAGUCAGAUUCUCCCAUGUGUUCUCAAGUGACCUACAGCGUGCUAAACAGACUGCAUCUGCUAUUGUAUUAGGGAACAGUUGUGGACAGAAACUUGAAAUAAUUUGUGAUGCAAGGCUUCGAGAAAGAAAAUAUGGGAUUGUUGAAGGAAAGCCACUGAGUGAAUUAAGGGCACUGGCAAAAGCUGCAGGGCAGAAAUGCCCUAAUUUUACUCCACCAGGAGCAGAGACUGUGGACGAUGUUCAGGCUCGAGCAAAGGAUUUUUUUAAUUAUUUAUGUCAACUUCUUAUGACGCAUACAGGAAAAGGUAACAGUGUACCAGACUAUGUCAACACAGUUGCUGAACAUUCAGGAGACUUGCAUAGAUCACUGGAAGGUCUCCACAGUGUGGACUCCAAUACCUGUGACAUAAAUGAUAGCAAUUCAGACAUUGCUGAAGAUCUGAUAGCUAAUAUACUUAUAGUCAGUCAUGGUGGAUUAAUGCUACAGUGGGUUAGGCAUUUUGUAGAGAAUCUGAAAUGUCCUUUACCACCAUCCAUUGACCAGUCCAAGGCUUUUUCUGUCUGUCCAAAUGCAGGAAUAAGCAGUUUUGUCAUUACUUUUGAUCAGGUAGCGAGCUCUUCUCCUCAGAUAGUGUGUGAUUAUCUAUAUAAAUGUAGCCACCUUGAUACCAUAGGCGUUCAACAAGAUGUAUUUUCAGUCUGAGCCCAUAGCGAUAAAUUAUUCUUUGUUAAGCAUGUUAGGUGUAAGAGCAUUUGCCACUAUACAGAUUCAUUGCUAAAAUCAGUCUGAAUAAAUCCUGUGACUAUGACAAAACUAUAUUAAUGUAUUUAGAACAAAAGCAAAAUAUUGCAGAUGCUGGAAAUCUGAAAUAAAAAACAGAAACUGCUGGAAAUAAUCAGCAGGUCAGGCAGCAACUGUGGAGAGAGAAACACUUAACAUUUCAGGUUGAUCUUUUUGCCAGAAUUGUGAAAGGUUUUAAGCAAGUACAGAGGAAGGAAAGGGGGUGCUGGGAAGAACAGAAGGGAAGGUCUGUGGGUAAGUAGAAGGCAGGAGAAAUUAAAUGGCAAAGGAUUGAUUGUGCACGAUAAAAGGAUUUGAUAUGGGCCAGGUAAAGAACCAAAAGUUGGGUUCAGAGGUGGUGUAACUGGGAGAAGCAGAAUCAUCAACAGCUGCCAUUUGAAAAAAACUUGCAUUUCUAGCUUUUUUCAGUCCUGACAAAAGAUUAUCAACCUAAAAUGUUAACUCUGUUUCCCUGUCUCCACAAAUGCUGCCUGAUCUGCUUGGUAUUUCCAGCAUUACCAUUUUAAAUCUCUCAUUAGACUUUUGUUCUUGUGUAUUAAAAUAGUGCAGAGAAACUUUGUUAUUUUAGGAAACUACCUUUUUAAUAUUUCCUUUCAUUUAACAUGGAGCAAAAGAUCUCCUUAAUGGUUAUGAGUUGUCAUUUAAUUUCCUUACAGAGGGAAAGCAUUCUAUAAUUUAUUGCUUGAUGACUAUGGUUACUGAUUGACCCUGUGAUAAAUUCCUCAGCAGAUUAGUCAUAUGGUGCAAAAAUAUAGUAGCUCUUGUGUAUCAUUAAAAACCAGUAGGGUAUAUUAAGAUUGUAUACCGGUGACAUUACAAUGUGUAUUGUUAAUAGAUUUUAAGCAACUUGAAAAGGGUUGUCACCACUGAUUGAAAAUCCAAAUGUAUAGCUGCAUUGAACUGUUUACCUUGUGGCUUGUUAAUGUAAAGCAAAUACAUUUGUUAUACAUGAAAAUUUGAUUAAACGGAGAUUGAUAAAUAAAACUUCAUCGAACAAUUAUGUAUGCUACAAAAGAGAUGAAAAUAAAAUACCAUGCAGCA